AAAACAGCUUGUUUACCUUAUCAGACCUCGAAGGGAGAAGUUGAAGUCCAAGAUGGCUGCUGGAGACAACGGCGGUCGGGCCCCGUGUUUAAAUUUCCCCUCUCCCGGUCCGCUGGGUAACAGUCAGCCGAGCAACAGUACCUACACUCUGGCAGCAAGUAACGGAGGAUCCAUCGGGGCGACCGGAAGCUCACAGAGCGCGACGAGACGCUCGAACCCUCAGCCAGGGCCUAACGGCUCCGAAUGCAGCGGUGUCGCCUCUGGGCUUCCGCCGAAUAUGCGCAACUCUCUCCCGCAGGCCAUGGCUCAGGGCUCGGUGAUAGCGGGGGCGGUCGGGGGGUCAAUGGCGGCCGCAGUGGCGUCGAACAUGACCGGACCAGCGUCAAAUUCAGGGCCGGCUCCUGCGACCCACUCCUCACUUUCUGCCCCUCCGGCUGCAGCUGCGGUUCUGGUUUACCGAGAGCCCGUGUAUAACUGGCAAGCAACAAAAAGUACUGUGAAGGAAAGGUUUGCAUUUCUCUUCAAUAACGAGGUGCUAAGCGACGUUCACUUUCUGGUGGGGAAAGGGAUGGGAGUACAGCGCAUACCUGCUCACAGGUUUGUUUUGGCAGUUGGCAGUGCUGUAUUUGAUGCCAUGUUUAACGGAGGCAUGGCCACCACCUCCACAGAGAUCGAGUUGCCAGAUGUAGAGCCUGCUGCUUUUCUGGCUUUGCUCAAGUUCCUAUACUCGGAUGAGGUUCAAAUCGGACCCGAGACUGUCAUGACCACUCUGUACACGGCAAAGAAAUACGCAGUCCCGGCGCUGGAGGCUCACUGUGUGGAGUUCCUGAAGAAGAACCUGCGGGCUGACAACGCCUUCAUGCUCCUCACACAGGCCAGGCUUUUUGAUGAACCUCAGCUGGCCAGUCUGUGCCUCGAGAACAUUGACAAGAACACGGGUGAUGCUCUGGCUGCAGAAGGCUUCACAGAUAUAGAUCUGGACACACUUGUAGCUGUGCUGGAGCGGGACACACUCGGGGUGCGGGAGGUUCGGUUGUUUGGAGCGGCGGUGCGUUGGGCCGAGGCAGAGGCUCACCGGCAGCAGCUGCAGCCCACACCCGAGAACAAGAGGCGCGUUCUGGGGAAAGCCCUCACCCUCAUCCGCUUUCCUCUAAUGACCAUAGAGGAGUUUGCAGCAGGUCCUGCUCAGUCAGGCAUUCUGACAGACAGGGAGGUGGUCAGUCUGUUCCUCCACUUCACAGUGAACCCCAAACCGCGAGUGGAGUUCAUCGACCGGCCCCGCUGCUGUCUGCGUGGGAAAGAGUGCAGCAUCACGCGCUUCGCCCAGGUGGAGAGCCGCUGGGGCUACAGUGGGACCAGCGACCGUAUCCGGUUCUGUGUAAACCGCAGGAUUUUUGUUGUGGGUUUUGGACUGUAUGGGUCUAUACACGGACCCACAGACUAUCAGGUCAACAUACAGAUCAUUCACACAGACAGUAAUACAGUCCUUGGUCAGAAUGACACGGGUUUCAGUUGUGACGGGUCAUCGAGCACCUUCAGGGUCAUGUUCAAAGAGCCGGUGGAGGUUUUGCCCAAUGUAAACUACACAGCCUGCGCAACUCUUAAGGGUCCAGACUCCCACUAUGGCACCAAAGGCAUGAGGAAGGUUACACAUGAGUCCUCAGGAUCCGGCACCAAAACCUGCUUCACCUUCUGCUACGCUGCUGGCAACAACAACGGCACUUCCGUCGAAGAUGGACAGAUCCCUGAGGUCAUCUUCUACACAUAAAGACCAUUGAGUUCUUCCAUAUUCCAGGAGUUUUGGGCUGUAUUACAAAUAGCUCACUGAUGUACUUCCAGUUUUGUUAACUAGUCUAUAACUGGAAGAGCUGAACUUGAGUGAGUAAUGUAGUGGACGGCGGAGAUGUUUAGAGUCCUACACCUUCACCUGCACUUUCUGAAAAGCUGCACAGAGUUAAUCUGCGUGCUUACUGAUUGAAGGAGCCUACUUUGUCCAUGCUGAUUAUAAUAGAACCCAUAGGCUGUGAACUAUUCACCAGCAGACUGACCUUGAUGCUGUUUAACUGGAUUGAAGAGCUAUUAUUGCAUUUCCUGUCUUUAACAGCUCGUUCAGCAUCUCUUAAGUAGGGACAAAACUGAGGAAAAGGUUUUCUUUAUGAGAACUGGAUUAAUCACAACUCCAUUUAUGCCAGCAGGGGAAGUGAGAUCAGGCUCUGAAGCAUUUCUAGGAUGCAGGGGAAUUCUGCCUGCUCAGGUUCCCUUAUGUUCUGUGCCAAAAUUGUACUUAGAAUACCUCCUUCACAGGAAGUUAACUAGUGCUCAAUGAUGUUCAGUUGUAACACUCAGAAUCAUCUUUAAGCCAGGCAUACAGCUCUGUAGAUCACCGUAGGCUGUUGUGAAAAUUAGCACACGCAGGGGUCCUUCAAGGGCGGAGCAUUGACCCUCUGCUUUUGUCGGGCCUAAAAUAUUAAAUCCUCAUCUCAGUGGUCACUCACUUAUCAUAUAAUAUAGUGAGUUCUCAUAGGCCAUGGUAAAAACAACUGUUUGAAUAGACUGUUGCAUAAUCAGCUGUUAAACUGUCUUCUCGUGGGUUGCAUGUCACUUACGACGUGAAAUGUCACAAACGUAAAGAGAAAUUUGAGUUUUUAAGGAUGUCCAACAAAUUCAUUGUUCAUCAGUGCUGAAGAAGAUUAUAUGGCUCAAUUUCUUGCCUACUUUACAUCAUAAACAACAGACUAUAUUUAUACUGGAUCCAUGUACUUUUGGUCAUUCUGUGUUCAUGUCGGUAACAGAAAUUAGAAAAAUAAAAUACAAAUGGUUCGUUAAAAAUUGUUUCUAAAUUUAGGCUGGAUUGUGUUUCUUUUUCUUUUGGUAAGAAAUGAACAUUUCUGUUACUGAACACGAAUAUAGAAUGACCAAAUGCUGGUUAACCAGAUUCUAGUCCACCACCCACUGUCACCUACUAGACCAAGCCUCUCUUGCUCAUCCUUAACACAUCUGUAAGAUACUACAAUAGCCCAUGUGUGUUUGAUAAAAAAAAAAAACUGACGGGUACCUGAACACCACGCAGCACAGACGGCGUGUAAGGGACUGUUCCAGCACUAAUCAUUAAUGUAGCUCGACAGGUUCAUGUUUAGAUCUAUUACUUUUCUUUUGCCUUGUUUGGUGAGAUUAAAUCAGGGUUUUCAUUUCUAUAUAACCAGCUUCAAACUGUAAAGUACUGAUAUCACCUCAUAUGUGUGUACAAUGCUAUUAAAUAAAAAGGUUGUUAAAUGCAA